AUGGCUUCUUCUUGUGAUUGGCUAACCAAAGUCGUCCUUCUCCUCUUGAUUUUGGUUUCAGGGUUUGCUUCCUCUGUUUCCUCUUUUCAGUUCCAAGUUGGUGGUGAACAAGGUUGGACCAAACCCAACAAGAACCAGACAGAGACUUACAAUGAUUGGGCUACAAUGAAUAGAUUUCAUGUUGGAGAUUCCCUUUAUUUCAAGUACAAGAAUGAUUCAGUGCUAGUAGUGAACCACACAUCAUACAAUGACUGCAUUGUAUCAAAUCCAAUCACAAAAUAUGAAGAUGGAGAGACAGUAAUUGAAUUUAAUAGAUAUGGCUUCUUCUACUUCAUUAGUGGCAAUCCUGGUCACUGCAAAGCUGGUCAAAAACUGGUGAUCAGGGUCAUGGUGCACCCUGCAGCUGCUGCCAUGGCUCCAGAACCAGCUGCACAAUCACCUGGAUCGGAUGGUGGAGAUGGAUCGUGGGAUUCGUUUAACUGGGGUCCACCAUCAGUGAAUUCUACCAUUGGAUUGUCUCUAGCUUCUUAUUUCAUGACUGCACUUGGAGGAGUCUUGGUUAUUCUGUAUUUGUUGAUGUGA